AUGAGUGAGGCAACAUAUACAGCAACAUGGAUUGCUCCAGAAGACAGAAUGUAUAUAAAUCUAUUAAGAAGGUUGACUGGGAAAUGUGAUGGUGUACUUUUUGUGAAAAAUAGUAUGAUAGAAAGAUUGGUUUUUGAAAAGUUGAUACUCAUUGCAAGAGGUUCUGGACUAAUAGGCAAGGGGAUGUGGAAAUUUCCAGGAAAUAUAUCACGAAAUCAAGGUGGACUCUGGAGAGUAUGCUUGGCUGGUAAAGAUAAGUAUAUUGUUGAAAGAAUUUACAAGUUAGAAAUACUUUGGAAAUUUGAAGAUGACUGGACAAAAUUGGCAGAUAUUUGCAAGAUGUUGUUAUUAAUAGAAGUACCUAGGUUUAAUGAGUCUUUUUCUAAUUGCAUUAUUUCAGAGAAUUUUCAAGGUAAUCUGGGUAUAAAUGUAGUUUAG